AUGAGUGAAGAACUUCAAGAAGUUAAAUGUAAUAUUUCAAAGGAAAUGGUUUGGUCAUUGGUGCCAAAUAUUGCUGAGAGGGCAAAAAAGGCAGUCCUUACAGUAGAGGGCCAAGAGCUGGUUUAUCCUAAAAGACUUCCUCUGGUACAGAAGCGAGAUGUUUGGCACACUCAUGAUUAUGACCUACAGGAAACUUAUGACAAUGAACUGUUAUAUGAAAUAAGUCUAAGUAGGAAAAGCUUUAUACUUCACCUUUUAAGAUCAAGGGAGUUCCUAGCCUCAAAUUAUAGUGAAACGUACUACUCCCCAAAAGGAGAGGAAAUCACCAGCCAUCCUGGAGUUAAGGAUCACUGUUUUUACCAAGGAUCCAUUAUACAUGAAUAUGAUUCUUCUGCCAGUAUCAGCACAUGUAAUGGUCUCAGGGGAUUCUUCAGGGUAUAUGACCAAAGGUACCUUAUUGAACCAGUGAAAUAUUCAGAUGAGGGAGAACAUUUAGUAUUCAACUAUAACCCAAAAAUUCAGUAUGCUGCCAAUUAUUCUUGUACAGAGCUUAAUUUUAAAAGGACAACUGCUCCAAACAUCAAUUCUAAAUCCAUGGAAGUCACCCAUUUAGAAAACUAUGUUGAACUGUUUGUUGUUGCUGAUAGUAACGUGUACCACAGGAAUAACUAUCCUCACAAUAAACUGAGGAACCGAAUUUGGGGAAUGAUCAAUUUUGUCAACAUGAUUUAUAAAACUUUCGACAUUCAUGUUACAUUGGUUGGCCUUGAGAUGUGGACAAGUGGAGAUAAAAUAAAAGUUGAUUCCAAUAUAGAAACAACUUUAUUACGUUUUUCAGCUUGGCAACAGGCAAUCCUUAAAAAGAAGAAGAAUUAUGAUCAUGUUUUGUUACUCAGUGGGAAGUGGCUUUAUACCAAUGCACAAGGAAUUUCUUAUCCAGGGGGUAUGUGCCUGCCCAAUUAUUCCUGCAGUGUCGUUAAGGAUCUUCUACCAGACCUUAAUGUGAUUGCAAGCCGAAUGGCCCAUCAUCUGGGGCAUAGCCUUGGGAUGCAGCAUGAUGAUUCCCCAUGUACCUGCACUCAGGAAAGAUGUGUGAUGGAUAGAGGUGGAAGCAUUCCUGCACUAAAAUUCAGUAAAUGCAACAGAAUACAGUAUGAGAAAUUCCUGAAGGAGUAUAAGCCAGCAUGCAUGUUUAAUGUUCCAUUUACUGAUCACUCAAAUGAUUCUCCAUCUUGUGGAAACAAGAACUUGGAUGAGGGAGAAGAAUGUGACUGUGGCUCUGCUCAGGAGUGCACUAAUCCCUGCUGCGAUGCCGACAAAUGUCUGCUGAAGCCAGGAUUUACUUGUGCGGAAGGAGAAUGCUGUGAAUCUUGUCAAAUGAAAAAAGCUGGGUCAGUAUGCAGACCAGCAAAAGAUGAAUGUGAUUAUCCUGAAGCGUGUACAGGCCACUCCUCUGGGUGUCCCAAGGACCAAUUCCAUCCAAAUGGAACUCCUUGCAAGAAUGCAAAAGGCUACUGCUUCAUGGGGAGAUGUCCCACCCGGGACGACCAGUGCUCCGAACUGUUUGAUCAUGAAGCAAAAGGAAGUCCUGAUCUCUGCUACAUCAUGAAUAAAAAGGGAGAUAAAUUUGGAUACUGCAAAAGCCAGAAAAGCAAAUUAAUUCCCUGUGAAGACAAAGAUAUCAAAUGUGGAAAGAUAUUCUGCACCGGAGGGCAACACUCAUCUUUCCUCGGAGAAGAAAAGAUCUAUCAUAUGAAGGCUCCAAAGCAGAAUAUCACCGCAGACUGCAAAACCUUUUAUUAUUACCACAAUCUUAGAGAUUUGGGGCUGGUUGCUCCUGGAACAAAAUGUGGAGAUGAAAUGGUGUGCAUCAAUGGUGAAUGUGUGAAUUUUGAGAAGUUCUACAAUUCAACUAAUUGCUCUUUUCAGUGCAAUGAAAAUGCUGUGGAUGGCAGUGAGCUCCAGUGCCAAUGUGAGGAAGAAGAGAUAGUUGUGGAAUGGGAAGAAUCCUUAAAUGUUACAAAUAUCUCCAUCCUGGUUGUAGUCCUUGUCCUGGGUAUCAUCGGUAUUGGAGGAAUUGCUUUUUUGAUUCGCUACCUAAUCUGUUUUAAAUUGAAGCAGAUUCAGAGCCCACCUCGGGAGAGACUGGGAGUGGAGAAUAAAGGAUACUUUGGUGACGAGCUGCAAACCAGGACUGAGCCAAUCUUACCUGAUAUUCAUCCCCUACAUAAACCUGCAAGUAGAGAACCAAGAGGCCUUGAAGAUUCCAAUCCACAUGCCAACAUGGCUCAUUCAUUUUACAAUAACUGCUUAAUUAACCCUGGCUCAGGAGAGCUGGGAAAUGUCGAUAAAUGUACUACAGCAAUAUCCAGAAAGAUUAUUGCCAUUAGUAGAUAUGAAUAA